CCUCUGUCAGUCGUGGUCCAGCGUGUGGAACUGAGCUUUGGUAACAUCGAGUCUUCACAGGUGGAGCUGAGUUGAGGUCAUUUUAUCCAGUAUUGUCGUCUUCACUCUGUUAUAAAGGAGACUGCGGUGCAGUACUUAAGAAAACAGACAUGGUGUUCCUGACGUUAUCUUGUUGGAUCAGAAACCGUGGACCCGACAGAUACUGGAAAGUGCAAGAAGUUCUUAAACAUGCACGGCACUUCAGAGGCAGAAAGAACCGCUGCUACAGUCUGGCUGUGCGGGCCGUCAGGAGAGCUUUCGUUUACGCCACUAAAGCUCGGAGGCUCAAGAAACGUAACAUGAGAACGCUCUGGAUCACGCGCAUUGCAGCAGCAUCACGAGAGCACAACAUGAAGUAUCCCGCCCUUGUACACAACCUCACCAAGACCAGCGUUCAGCUCAACCGACGUGUUAUUAGUGACCUGGCCAUCACAGAACCUCGGUCAUUCCUCUCACUUGCAAAGCUGGCACAGGCUCGGCAACAGGAAGGCUUCCGGGCAGCGCUCGGUGACGGCAAAGAGCCCACUGGUGUCUUCUCCCGUGUUGUUUUGCUACAGUGAAGGACUUAUUACAGAUUUCCAGUUGUUAUGUGGUUUAAAGAACAGUGGUCUUGGAUUGUGGAGAUGUUCACGAAACACACGCACCUCCUUGCUUUACAGUUGUUGCUCCAUCCGAGUAUUUUUCAUAUAUUCAUACAAGAUUAAUUAAAUAAUAUAGUUAAUAUUUGUGAUACUUUAUUGAUCACUAUACCAGGGUUGCCUAAUGUUUAACGACCCACAUACAUUAUCCAUCUUGUUGCCAGGGUCUGGUCACAACAUAUAAUGUGGGUCAAAUAGUGAAAAUGUGUCGACUCAUUGCGAGAAAUUCACUGGACUGCUGGACGUGCACUUCUUGCCUUCACCAUGUAUACACAAAUGGACAUGAGUACAAAUUGGAGUCUCACGUGGUUUAGUCACACACUGGUGUUUGGUGUAAAAGUGGUAUUUUCCUUUUUAGGCACUUUUUAAACUGAGCAAUGUCCCUGAUGAAGAAAGGGGUGUAAUAUCCUGCUCAAGGAAACUCCAGCAGGACAGAUGAUUUCUGUUGCAGCGCCUUGAUUACUGAACUGAAAGGACUGUAUUUCCACUCAAUAUGCUGCCCUUCAACCAUGCUGUGAUCUUGUUAUCCAAAAGCAGCGCAACUAUGAAAAGAGUUCGUGAAUUUCUAUGACUUUUCCCACUAUUAAGGCCCUUGCAUACAAUACUGGCGAUAGGCAGCUCUAAAAUGCUGUUAUAAAUUCUAUGAGGUGACCAAUGUGAAGGCAAGAAUAUUUGUCAUCACAGGGACAUAAUCACGAUCCAAGCUGUAGUAGCUGACAUCAAACACUGUAGCAAUAGUUAAUCCACACACCUGCUUCUGCUCCAUUCACUGAUUUCAUUCUGACGUCUCUUGUUGUGUGUGCCAGAGAUUUCUGGCUGCAGUGUUGCCUGCAGAGUCCUCCACAGCAGCCCUCCUGAUUACCUCCAGUGUCGUGAUAGAGGAUGUGAUCAUCAAUUUCCAGAAACCUCCCUGUGUAUAAUGUAUGCAACCGUUUGUUAAGUUAUGAUUUCAUGCUGUUGGGUGUGAGGUUUUUGGAGUUUGUGAAGAAGAGUGCCCUCAAGCUUUAUCAAGUAAUUACUUUUGUCACUGUAAAUGUACAUUUUACCAUUUGUUGUGAGGUUGUCCUCUGAAUGUUUAGUUCAAUAAACAUUUUGA